CCCCUAAGUACUGAUGCAAGCUGCCCCCCAUAAUUAUAGCGCCAAGAUAAGUGUGUUUGGUAAUUCCAAGAAAAUCAAACUAGAAGUGUCUCCUUAUGGCCAGCAUGUAGUUCAUGGGCCUGCAUCUGCUAUCACUGCUCAUGUUGCUGCGACAUCCAAUACACAACCGAGCCCACUUGCCACCAAUAACACGACUCUCCACGCCAACGAUCUUCCUCCUCCACAGACUGCUUGUAUUUUACCAUACAGUCAUCGCACUGCUGGUGGACACGACUAUGGGGACUUCAUUUCAAAUCGACAUCCUUCAUCUAGCCAUCACCAGUCAACAACAACAACAAACACGUUUCUUGCAGCAGCUGCCCCGUCGUCUCGAAUAAAACGCCAGGAAAGUUAUCAGCGAUGUGGCUUGAAACGCAAAAGUGAAGAGCUAAUAGAUGCCCCGAUGCAGCUUACCGAAGCUCACGCUGUCUCCAGCGAGGAUGAGAACAACACUACUACUGCUGCCGCUACCACAACCACCACUACCACAACUUCAAAAAAUACCAACUCCCCUAACAAUGACGGUGACUACCAGUUGGUGCAGCAUGAAGUCCUGUACUCCAUGUCAAGUGCCUAUGAGGUACUGGAGUUCUUGGGACGAGGGACAUUUGGACAGGUGGUCAAAUGUUGGAAAAAAGGAACCAGUGAAAUUGUUGCCAUUAAGAUCCUCAAGAACCAUCCCUCUUAUGCUCGACAGGGACAAAUCGAAGUCAGCAUCUUGUCUCGACUUAGCCAGGAGAAUGCUGAUGAGUUUAAUUUUGUACGUGCGUAUGAAUGCUUUCAGCACAAGAAUCACACAUGUUUAGUGUUUGAGAUGCUUGAACAAAAUCUCUAUGAUUUUUUGAAACAAAACAAAUUCCAGCCCCUCCCAUUAAAGUACAUCCGUCCCAUAACCCAGCAAGUACUGACUGCACUUCUUAAACUAAAGAACUUGGGUCUAAUUCAUGCAGAUCUUAAGCCAGAAAACAUCAUGUUGGUAGACCCAGUUCGUUUCCCUUAUCGAGUAAAAGUUAUUGAUUUUGGAUCUGCUAGCCAUGUUUCUAAAGCGGUUUGUUCAACAUACCUACAAUCAAGAUAUUACAGGUAAGCGUUCAUUAAUUUUUUUUUUGUUAUUUGUUUAGGUUUUAUUUUGUAUUUCCAUAGUCGUUGUUCUUGAUGUUUAGCUCUUGAUUGAGCAGACCUAUAAUCAGGAGCAUUGCAGCUAUGACCCUCAUGUUUGUUUUUUUAUAUGUCAAACUACAUUUUUCUUCUUGGAAUUUUAUGGAAAUUUUAGCUUCUAUUUUUAGCAGGCUAUAAGACCUCAAACAUUGACUCAUUUUAUGAGGCUCUAGCAUUGAGUCCUAUUCACUUGGUACUGAGUGUGCAGUAUAUCUAUAAAUGAUCAACCUGGUGUGCAGUGGACAACUGCAUCAGCAGAGCAUCAGGGCAGGGCUCACAAAAUCAAUAGAACAUCAGUGCAUCAUCAUCAUCAUCAUCAUCAUCGUUUAACGUCCGCUUUCCAUGCUAGCAUGGGUUGGACGAUUUGACUGAGGACUGGUGAACCAGAUGGCUACACCAGACUCCAAUCUGAUUUGGCAGAGUUUCUACAGCUGGAUGCCCUUCCUAACGCCAACCACUUCGAGAGUGUAGUGGGUGCUUUUACGUGCCACCGGCACAAGGGCCAGUCAGGAGGUACUGGCAACGGCCACGCUCGAAAUGGUGUAUUUUACGUGCAGUGGAUGACAAUCUGUAGAGAAUUUAAUUAUUAGAUGACAGAAUUGAUUAAGGAUU